UUCGAGGGGCAACAGAGAUGUUCCAGACAGCAUUUCAAACUCGAAAGCGAAGGCGACCUGACGUUACUUCCACUCAGUGUCAUGAAGAGGUGAAGUUCAGAGAUGUGACGCUGUACCUGGUGGAGAAGAGGAUGGGGAAGAGCCGGAGGAAUUUUCUCACUAAUCUCGCCAGGUCAAAGGGUUUCCUCGUGGAGAACGUGCUCAGCGUUCACGUGACUCACAUCGUGUCGGAGGGGAACGCGCCGCAGGAACUCUGGAAUUGGCUGGAGGAGCAGAACCUGAGAGAACCUCACGCCAAACACGUGCUGAACAUCAGCUGGUUCACAGAGAGCAUGAGCGCUGGACAACCCGUGCCAGUCGAAAUGAGACACUACAUACUAAAUCCUGCUUUAGAACAAAGGUCGUGUCCAUGUCCAUCAGCCAAACCGAUGUCUACUGUGUCCCCGUACGCUUGCCAGAGACGCACAACAUUAGAGAACCAUAACAAAAUCUUUACAGACGCACUGGAGGUGCUGGCGGAGAGUUUCGAGGUCAAUGGGAAUCAGGGCUCCAGUUUGGCGUUCCGCAGAGCUGCGUCCGUGCUCAAGAGUCUCCCUGUCGUCCUGAAACGCCCGGAGGACACGCAGCACCUGCCCGGCCUGGGAGAAUACAGCAAUGCCAUCAUAGAGGACAUCAUUGAAUGUGGAGCAUCAUCUAAAGCUCAGGAGAUACUGAAUGAUGAGAGAUAUAGAACGCUGAAGUUGUUCAACAGUGUCUUUGGUGUUGGACCUAAAACAGCUGGGAGCUGGUAUUAUAGAGGACUCCGCUCAUUUGAACAGGUCUUGACAGAACCCACUAUCACACUGAACCGGAUGCAGACUGCAGGGUUCAUGUUCUAUGAAGACAUCAGUAAACCUGUGAGCAGGUCAGAGGCCGAUGCACUGAAGAUUAUAGUAGAGGAAGCUGUUACCAGUGUCAACUCUUCUGCCACUGUCACCAUUACAGGAGGCUUCCGCAGGGCAAAAGAGUUCGGUCAUGAUGUGGAUUUUAUCAUCAGAACGGCUGAGCCAGGACAAGAGGACGGACUUUUGCCCAUGGUGAUUGACAGAUUCAAAAGUCAGAGCAUCCUGCUGUACUCUGACUUCCAGGAGUCGACUUUUGACCUCCGGCAGCGGCCCAAUCAUCAGUUUGAGGCAAUGGAUAAUUUCCAGAAGUGCUUCCUGAUAUUAAAGCUGAAGAGAGAUCAGGUGACUGACAUCAGAGAUGGUGAUGAGGUCAGAGAUCGGGGUCAGUGUCGGGACUGGAGGGCCGUGAGAGUUGACCUGGUGGCCCCUCCAAUUGAACGCUAUGCGUUCGCUCUUCUGGGAUGGACGGGAUCCGCGCUGUUUGGAAGAGAUCUAAGACGAUUCGCCAGACUGGAGCGAGGAAAACUGUUGGACAAUCACGCGCUGUAUGACAAAGCAACGAACACCUUCUUGCCCGCUGACACUGAAGAGGACAUCUUUGCUCAUUUGGGUUUGGAGUACAUUGAGCCUUGGCAGAGAAAUGCCUAGAUUUCAUUUGUCCUUCUGCGAUGUCAAGCCGUCUGAUGAUCUGGAUCUCUUCAACAGAUCAGCGAUGACCUUUAAAAUACUGCUGUUACUUUCUCACUGAAAUGCCUGUGAUUUUCUUCCACCUUUGAGGGUUACAAACAGUUUUUGUCUUCCUUUUCAAAAGCUGCAAACUGUAUAUGGGUCAUCCGAUAAGGUGCAAAAUAAUAAUCUAUUUUAAAACACUUGUAUUGUAGACAUCUAAUUUUUGUGUUCAUGUUGGUUUCAUACAUUUGUUGAAAAAAAAAAAAUACAAACAAAUACAGAAAAUGAUAAUAAUAACUGUAAUAAUUUGAAGUAGUGUAACCAUCAAGUAAUAUGUAUUAAAAUA